CAUGUUGUUGGUUGGCGCGUCGCCCCCUCAGCACACUCUGCUCUGGCACAGCAUUAGAUAAUCCUUUCCCAUCGCUUCCAGAUCGGCGUCGGCACUCGGCAGUCAGAUCUCUUAGUAGGCUUGCCAGGAUGUCUACCCUGGAAUACGGUGGUGUGGCUCGCUUCUACACGGAGCUGGCAGAAAUUCCAAUCCCUACAUCUGCUCAAUUCGUCGCGAGCAAUUCAACCACUGCAGUCAUUCGCGUCUCGUACUCGGUUCGCGACCAUGAAAGGGACACCAAACGAUCGAUAUCGAAAACCUUUACUUUGACCAGACCAGAAUCUCAACCUGUCGAUUGGACCCUUGUGUCUAGCACAGUCUACCAAGAUGCAUCUGACGUGCAAGCAUCUGUUUUAUCCCCUUCAAAGAAACGUCAGGCGAUAUUGCGCGAGAUAGCUGAACCGAGUAACGGUGUGAAGAAACGAUUUGUAGAAAUAUGGGCAGACUCGAGACUCGAGGCAUCGCUCGAGGUCACCAAGCGGCACGGUCCAUUCCAUCCAGAUGAUUACUUCAAGUCGCUUUCUUUCUCUCCAUCGGAAACUGCCCUACUCUACACUGCAGAGGCCAAUCCAGAGUCGGUGGACAACCUUGGGGACGACCCAUACCCCACCUUCCGCUUCAAUCCUAACUUCGGAGAGGGACUUUAUACCAAAAAGCGGCCUACUUUGUAUAUUUUUCGUUGGCGCGAACCCUCAUCGGACGCUGCAAAUUUCGAAGGGAGAGUUCCGAAGAAAGACUUGUCCUUGGUGUCCUUAUCUCUUGUACAGUCUCCCGCUACCCCAGUGGUCUUUGGACAAGCUUCUUUCGCGACAGAAACACAGAUCUUCGCAACGGGAUACGAGCAAACAGCGGACGGGAGGAUCCUCGGUAUCAAAUCCUGUUUCAACAGACCUUCGAGCAUUUGGGAGCUUUCGUUGACCGACCAAUCCAACGCCAACACUACAUACUGUGCUGCCAACAAAAUCGAGAUACCUGGCAGAUCUAACCGAUCACCUCGUAUCUUGUUCGACGGAGACAGGAAACCCUGUACUCUAGUAUGGCUUUCCAACCCGACAUUUGGACCCCACGCAUCCACUGUUUCUCUGUACACGUAUGAUUUGGCGGAAAGAUUACCCAGAGUUCUUUUAGAGCCGGAUCAGGCGAAUAACUUUCCUGGCUUGUACACGGAUUACAGCCUCAUAGAUAGCCCGUUUAUCAAGAAAUCGGGUGAAGAAACGUAUGUUGUUGCGCAAUCACUUUGGCGCUCCCGCACGAAGGUCGUAUCUGUAGCCCUUGAUGGUGGGUAUGUCUCCGACGAGACCAAGGCACUGGACGGUCAGGAUGACAAACAAUCCUUGUACAAUUGGAGUCUUCUUUCAAGUGAUGGAAAUGGAUCUGUGGUGUGCUCGAGGAGCACGCCGACUUCCCCUCCGCAGGUCGUUUUGCUUACCAUAGAGAACGGCUCCUUUGCGAACAUCCAAGUGCUCGACGAGCCUGUCUUCUCUGCCGAACUACAGCAAGAGUUGGAGAAACUUACCCCUUGUGUUAUACCCGUUCCGAACAGAUACCCCACGGAGAGUGUGGUCAUUCUCUCAAAGGAACCCCCAAAAGGUCAAAAACCUAUAUGUGUUACCGUCGUUCACGGAGGUCCACACGGUACAAGUACCACGGCAUUCACCCCAUCCGUCCUUGCACUCGCUCUGGAUGGCUACACGGUGUCGAUGCCGAACUACACUGGUUCGAUGGGGUUCGGGGAAAAGUAUAUCCAAGCUUUGCUAGGACGAUGCGGGGAGCUCGAUGUCGGAGACUGUAUCGCGACAGUGAGAGAGCUCAUUAAACUAGGAAUUUCAGAAGAAGGUAGGCAAGUAGUAAGUGGCGGAAGUCACGGUGGAUUUAUUACUGCUCACUUAAUCGGCCAAUACCCCGAUGUGUUUAGUGCUGCAGUCUUAAGAAACCCAGUGAUAUCCGUAGGAGAAUUUCCCACUUCAGACAUUCCAGAUUGGGCGUAUGGCGAGUUCGGGGUUGCCUUUGGUCCGCGCACACACAUGAACCCUGGGACAUUCGCUCAGCUAUACAGUUCCUCCCCGAUCGCCCAUGUCGAUAGGGUGCGCACGCCAGCGCUGCUCCUAAUUGGCGAAGACGACCUCAGGGUGCCGACUAGUCAAGGGAAGGGAUAUUAUCAUGCUCUGAAGGGUCGCAACCAGGCUCCCGUGGAGAUGUUCGUCUUUCCGAAGGAGUCCCACCCGCUCGAUGGGGUCGAAGCUGCGCGGGUGUCAGUUGAGGCUACGCGGGAUUGGUUUGCGAGGUUUUCCCGUUGAAAGGGAGGGGCUGGCUUGUGUGUAAGACCUGGGAGACGUGUACCAAUAAAUAGGGGUGUAUUGACGGAAGUAUUUCAGGGACAAUCGUG